AUGUCGAUGGUACUCUUAGUUGAGUCGUGGACUUUCUUCAUUGUUGGAUGGUUCCCCUUUUAUAGCUGGAUUCGAUUGUUCGCGCUUUCGUACCUCGUUCUACCUCAAACCCAAGGGGCAAAAAAGCUUUAUCUCGAAUACGUUGACCCGUUUCUCCUGCAAUACGAGCGCCAGAUAGAGGAGUUCAUUGGCGAAGCACAUGAACGCGCCAAAGCUGCGGGCCUGAAUUACAUUUAUCAGGCAAUUGAUUUGAUUAGAGAAAAGAUACUCGGCCUGCCGCCUGUGCGGAAUGCCGAAGCAGCUCCUCCACCUCCUAGUGCUGCGAGCGGACCUGCUGCGUAUGCGCAGUCUCUUUUCUCCCGAUUCAAUCUGCCUGCUGGCCCGGGGACGAAUCUCGCUGGUCCUGCAUCAGAUCUAUAUUCCCUUCUCAGUUCCGCAGUAACAGCAGUAACGUCGACGGGCAAGAGGGAUGUACAAGCCGAGGAGCUCAGUGCUGCCGGUUUAUUACCGCGGGAUCUUGCGUCGGCUUCAAAGUCGGAGCGCGUAGAUUACAUUGUCUCUCAAAAGGAGAAGCUCCGAAUUCUUUUCUCUGCCCUUGACCGGGAGCAUCGAAACUUGGGGUCAGACGGUCGAGAGGACGACGACUUGGCAUACGGGACCAGUUAUGACGGAGGAUUGAGGAAGAAUCGAAGCGAAAACUCGUUUGAGAACAUCGACCAUGAGGACUUGGGCGCCUCCUCAGCGUUCGAUCGGGAAGGGUACGGCCGGCGAAGGUCUGGAAGGUACGAAUAA